AUGCCCAGGAUAGCUGCGGAUGAGCUCACCGAGAGCCGCGUCGCGGCUUUGAUGGAGCAAGCCCAAGCAGCUGUGGAUGCUGGGUGGGUCCCAAGUGAGCACUUGCCAGCGAACAUAUUCAAAUUUUUAGAGCCGCUCACCAUCGCCAGCGGGCAAGGCUUCUACACAACCACAAUGAUGAUCCUUGGCGCUUUGCCCGCGCUUUGCAAUGGGGCCACGAUCCAGUUAUGGCCAGGCCGACCCACACCUUUGAUGGCUAUCGUCCUGCAAGUCGCUGCGGCCCAGAAAGGGAAGAGCCGGUUGACCGCCUUGGUCGAGGAGGCAUUUGACUCCUGUGACGACUACCUUGUCCAGAAAGCCAAGGAAAUGGUCGCGGACUAUCCGGGCGCCUCCCCUGUUGUGAAAACGCUUUCGCUUCAGUCCUUCACCUUCACGGAGUUUUUCCACCGAUGCUCCAGCGAGUGGCAGCAAGUGGAUUGGAACACAGGAGACGAGCGCAACGGACUUCCUCAUCGCAUCUGGCUCAGCUCCGGCUUCUGCUUGGAUGAAGCCUACGAGUUCCUGGAGGGCCUUGGCAUGAUGGGAACAAGCCAGAAAGGCGAGGGAGGCAAGACCGCCAGUCUGAACGCAUCAAGCUUGAAUCGCUUGAUACAGGCUGGCUCUCACAAGCGAGGCACACGCACUGGCACCUCUUCGACCACCAGCAGGCCACCUCCAGUCAACCUCAGCGUCUGUGGCAACCUCCACCCCAGUAAGGCAAUCAGCAUGGAGCGCCAGCUGCAAGGGAACCAUGUUGCUGCUUGCAAAGAGCGGUUCAUCUUUUGCUGCGAUCGUUCCACGCCGCGCCACGCAGAGCUGCCUGCUGAUUACAUCUCCGGCGACUCAGCAUGGACGUGGCUACCGCUCACGCCACAGCAGGCAGUAAUCUUUGAUUGGGAAGCGCAUCUCAACCGGCCAGCUGCCUUCUCGCUUCCAGAAGACCAAGCGCCUUGCAAUGGAUACAUUGGUGCUCCUGAGGGAUACCCGCUGAAGCUGCCAGACGGUGUCCUGAGUCGGGUUCGUUUCCCGUGCUCCGAGCACGGCGUCACCACUGAAUGGAGGAUUUCGGCCCGCUGGUGCCAGCCAAAUCAUAUACCUGCUUUCCAGCAAGGCUUGCAGCGGGCGAUCGAUUUCUUUGGGCGCAAGCCGCAGCUGAUCCUGCCCAUGACUGCUGGUGCGCAGAGACUUCUCCUAGGCGAGCCAAACCUAGUCAUGUCAAGAUAA